GGGAAUUACUGAUCCGAUAAAUAGUUAACGGUUAAAGGUAUAAAAGAGAUGAAAUGAACUGACAUAAUCAUUUAAUAGUAGAACACUUACCGUGUAAACUUAUAUUGUAAACAUGGAACAGAAUAAUGUGGAUGAUAGAAUUACGUUAGCUUUAAAUACAUUAAGAAAUGAACUGCUUGAUUUAAGAAGCCAAGAUGUUAAAUUGAUGACGCAACUUCUUAAUAUAAAUGAUACCAUACAAACAUUAUCUAAAAGGCAAGGACACACGCGACAACCUAGAACUUUUUCUGGUCACCAAAGAAGGUGCAUGAGUAGUUAUAUGCUUCCAAAUUCUACCAAUAAAAUAGAACAAAAAACAUUUACACGAAGACUAAGUGCUCCUAUGUUCGAAGAUACAAUGGGCUCAUCAUCAAGUUUAGAAGGAUCUGUUUGUUCUGAAGAUAUGAGUGAAUAUUCUGAAAGUGAAGAGGAUUUAUCAACGAGAUCACCCAAAUUAUCUCGACCGCCAUCUUUGUCUUUCAUAAGGGAUUCUGAUAGUGACAUUUGUGAUGAGGAUAUCUUGCGAACAAAUAUCCGUUUUUGGAAACUGUCAAAAUCAGACAUCAGUAGCUGAUCAGAACUUUAGCAAUAAACUGUUCAGAAAUAUCUGAAGCAAUACUAUUUUCAAAGUUCGGGCGGAUGCAAUCAUCAAGGAGAGGUAGACAGUCGAACUGUGCAAU